CUUCCACGUGCGCGCGCGCUGACGCCAAUUAACUACGAAGACAUUAAAAUCAACAUGACUAGCUUCCAGCCACUUAAUAUAAGACGAUUUCAACAGAAGGCGCAGGUGGUCACGCCCGAUACAAUUUACUGGGAUCGUUUAGCGAAACCCGAACUGCUGAAGGAGCAUACAACGAUAGACUAUAUUGACUUCAGUCCCAGUGAACCGAGUAACUUUGUGCUGACCUGUUCGGUGCGUGUGCAAAUCUACAAUCUGGUGACCAAGCUUGUGGUCAAGAACUUGUCACGUUUCCAAAAGACCGCAUACGGCGCUAAUUUCCGUCAGGAUGGUCGGCUGCUGGCCGCCGGCGACGAAGAAGGACAUGUUAAAAUCUUCGACACGACCAGCCGUAACAUAUUGCGGCUAUUCAAAGGCCACAAUGCGCCCGUGCAUCGCGCCUUCUUCACCGCCGACAAGCUCCAGCUGGCAAGCUUCGCGGACGAUAAAUCUGUCCGGCUCUGGGAUGUGGCGAACGAGAAAGUGGUGCAAACAUAUGAAGAUGCACACACCGAUUAUAUAAGAGCCGGUGCAAUGCACCCGCAGUCAUCUCACAUGUUCAUCUCUGGCGGCUACGAUGGAAAAAUCAAUCUGUACGACACACGCGCCGAGAAAGCCAUCACCCAUACUCUGGACCAUGGCAGCCCAGUUGAGUCGAUGCUGUUUCUGCCCAAUGGCUCGAUAUUCAUCACGGCCGGCGGCACACAGGUGCGUGUUUGGGACUUGAUUAGCGGCAGUCGCCUGCUGACGACCAUGUCGCAGCACCACAAGACAAUCACUUGCCUGAGCCUUGGCUCUGAUGGCCGACGCCUGCUGUCCGGCGGUUUGGAUCGUCAUGUGAAGAUCUACGAUGUGAGCACAUACAAAACUGUGCACACUCUGACCUAUCCAAAUGCUGUUGUUAGCCUGGGCGUUGCUGCCAAGGAUCAGGCUGUAGUUGCCGGCAUGGUCGAUGGCCUUGUCUCCAUUAAGCGUAUGAUUGUCGAAAGCAAACCGAGUCACCUGAAAAAGAUCAGGGUCAGUUACCGGAAACAACGUUUGCAGAAGAUGGCACGUCCGGCGACGGGUGUGCCAGUCGAUCAUGUGAUAUCCGACAAAAGCAAAGGUAACAAACUGCAGAAGUUCGAUAUCCAUCUGCGCAAAUAUAACUACAAGAAGGCCCUCGACUGUGUCUGCACACCGUUAAAUGUUAAGAAACACCCGGAGAUGGUUGUGGCCGUCAUUACGGAGCUGCAACAUCGCGGUGCGCUACAAGCCGCAUUAACCGAUCGCAAAGAUAUAACUAUAAUCCGAUUCAUCAAUUUCCUUUGCAAACAUCUCGGCGAGGUGCGCUUUAUGCGCCCGCUGCUGAAUGCAGCCAGCGCUGUGAUGGAUGUGUUUGAGAACAAUGCCUUUGCCUACAACAAACCCAUGAUAGCCGCCCUGGAGCGACUCAAACGGACCAUGAAAUCGGAGGUGCAGCUCACCUGCCAGCUGCUCCAAAUCAAAGGUGCUCUCGAGAUGAUCAUUGGCGGCGCCCUUGACAACAACGAGUCCAGCACUAAUCACAGCUACACCCAGCCAAUUCCGACCAAAAUGCAUCCCUCAAAAGCAGCCUCCAACUACAUAGUCAUUGUCGACUGAUCGCUAGGUCGAUUGAGCUAUGUCUAAGAUUAAUUUCUAACAUUAGUUUUACUGCAGUGA